GCGGCGUCCCCGCGGCCUGGGCCGAGUGGGCCAUGAGCGCCCGGGGCCUGAGCCGCCGCGCACAGCCCGCGGACAAGGUUGGAAGUCACUUACCCAAGCACCUUGUAGGCAAUCAGUCCUCCAUGAGUCCAGGAUGUAAAGAUCAUUAUCUGCUAAAAAAGAAUGAACAAAACAAUGAACUUCAGACUCUGUCUCCAAAUAGGAAUUUCUCUGGAUAUAGCCAAAAGAAACUCCAAGAGGAAAAUAUUAAAUUAAAGCAUGAGUUAGAAGACUUAAGGAGUCUGUAUGAACAGCUUUUAGAAGAAGGAAAGACCGAGUGUUUUGAUGAAAGACGUGUCAAUCUUCUGAAGGCACAAGUAAUGCAGUUGAAGAGGCAGGUGGUACUGCUUACAGAAGGUUUAAGUUCUCGAGCAGGUCUUCUGGUAGAAUUAAGGAACCAUUUAGAGCGUCUUGCUGAGAAGCUCACGUUUUUACUUGGCGGUGAAGACAGCUUAUCUGAAGUACCAGUUUCCCGAGCUGACCUUAUACAAAUGAUUGAAAUAUGUCAGGCCCUGAAAAACCAACUGGAAAGAAACCAUAAAUCUGAUUGGAAUUUCAUCACUGUACUGCAAACCUUGUGUACAUGUUGGAGGGCAAGGGCAGCUGAUAUGGAGAAUAUUGCAUUGCCAUGGAUGAUAUCAGGAAGAAACUUGGUUAAACAGCCAGUGUCCCUAUUUGAUAUUUGCUAUGGGAAGAUAGAAAACUUAAACCUACAUUAUGUGAGUGCUCUUGAAGGAAAACUUAGCAAGUUGCUCAAACACCUGCUUGCCAUGAGGCAAACACUGAGCUUCAUGCUUGCCCCAGGACAGGAGUCCUGUGAGAGAGCUCGUUACAUCUUACCAACUGCUGUUUAUGCUAGGUUGAUGACUCAUGUGACUAGAUGUCAUCAAUCUCUGGAGGAAUGCUGCAACGAUUUGCUUAUUUUGACACUUAUUGUACCAUCUGCACCUUGGGCAAGACUGGAGAACUCACUGAUCCAAGAACUCACUGUGGAGAAUGUGCUUGCAGCCCUGCCAGCAUUUCCUAAGGGUGCCCCUCAGCAACGGGCCAAAAGGGCUGCAGAGGCCCUGGUAAAAGCAACUAAUUAUUCCAAGCUAAUAGCUAUGCAACAGAUAAAAGCUCUGCAAGCUGAGCUUGACUUCCACAGAAGUAUAUACAGCCUUCAAGUUAAGUAUACUGAAGCUGUUUUUGAAGGGAUAAAGCAAGCCUACCACACUUUUCAGGAGAAUGUUGUGACAGUUCUAUGUUCACCGCUACAAGAUGUUCUUUCUUCUUACAUAAAUCUUAAAGCAGAAGCUUCAGAGGCCACUUUGAGAGACUUUCUCACUGUUUUUAAAAACAAUGCUGAACAAAUCCAAGAUGCAGUUGACACUUUAACUCCAUCAAAAAAUCAGCACCAUGACGGUGAUGAGGCCUUGUCAAGGUUUGGAAAAGAGUUCUUCCUGUCUUUGGAGCAUUCCCUCAAAGGCUGUGGAGAGCAACGAGAUAAAGCAGCCGGUGAAAUAGAAGCCUUACAAGCUGAACUGGAUCAGGCUUUGGAAAACCUUCGAAGCUUAAGAAAAGAAUGGAAAGAGAAGAAAAUAGAACCUGGUAUUCAUUGUGCAAAGUCUGCAGGAGAUAGUGUAGAAGCAGCAGUUGCAAGUGGCUUUUAUAGAAUUUUAAAAGACAAGCCAAGGUCAGAUUCAACACCUCUUCCUAUUCCACAGAGAAAGAGUCUUUUACCCAAAUCAGGGUCUGUGGUAGCAGAAGCAUCCAUCAACUCAGCUUCUAAGCUGCAGCAGAUGAGUCUGGAGGGUUCAGCCUUUCACCAUCGGAGAAAGAGUCUCCACAGGAGUAAGAGCGUGAAGACCACUGUGAGACCACCAUGGCAAGAUUAAUCAUUAUUUGCCAGUGAUUUUUAAUUUCAUUCCUUCCACAUAUGAUCUUAGCUAGUCUAUAGCCCUUUUAGUAGUUACAAGAAACACCAGAGGUCUAAUUCUGCAUAGUGCUGAAACCUCAUUGUGGGUUUGAUUCAAAAGUAACUGAAGUCAGUAACCAGACUUCCAUUGAUCACAGUGAUCUCUGGAUUAAGUCCUUAUUCAUGCUAGGACAUGGCAAAUGUAGAGAAAUAGAUUUGGUGUCAACACAGAGUCAGUAGUAUUUGAAGAGAUAAUGCAGUUGCCCAGCACAUGGACUGUGCUAAUAUAAUGCAGAAGAUAUGUGGUAUUUCACCAUAGAUAUGCCUUCUAUUUGUUUUAUAUGACGGUCAUUCUAGAAUGACUAAAAAAAAAAUCUCUGGCAUCAGACUUGAUUUGUUUCUUUACCAAAAGUGCACAGGGCUCUCCAUCAAACCACAGCUAUCUCACAAAUUGUUAUACAUUUGUUUUUCUUUGACUUGACAACUCUGCUGAAGGAAAUCUCUCUAGGUUCUCAUGCUUGUGUAAAUGAUAGACUUGAAUGCCCAGGAGUUACUGAGCACAGAAUGAGAAAAGAAUUGCAUUUAAAAUGUUUACCAAAUGGAAAUGGUUUUAAAGUUCCCCUAUUUACUGAGAGUGACACAGUAAACAAUUCAGAAAGGUAUGUGCAGUGUGUCUUACUGUCUUCAAAAUUUGACAUUUUUAUUUAUAUAUAUAUAUAUAUAUAUUUUCCUAAAUCACUUUUUUGUUUGAAACUCUAGAGAUGAUAAUGUUCUGUAUAUUCUGGUGAAUAAAAGAUUCAAAGUAUGGAA